GCGAGGUCCGUCCGAUUCCACAACAUCAUCUCUGUCCCCAAGACGUAAAAUCUCUCCUACAAAUUCAACCGCCACUAUGCCUCCCAUGCCCUCGAACGCUGGCGGCCACCCUGCCGCCCAAUCCAACCUGGACAAGCUCAAGAUGGGAGCCAUCAUGGGUGGCACUGUCGGUACCAUCAUGGGCUUCAUCUUUGGCACCGUCAGCAUCUUCCGCUACGGCGCUGGACCUAACGGUAUCAUGAGGACCCUGGGCCAGUACAUGCUGGGAUCCGGAUCAACAUUCGGUUUCUUCAUGUCCAUCGGCAGCGUCAUCCGAUCCGACACAUCUCCCAUCGUCGAACAGGCCUACCGUCAGGCGCAGCGGAGGGCCUUCAUCAUGUCCCACCCCGCGAUGCAGCGCCCGAGGUCCGACUAGAUCGAUCGACCGAAACGAGACACACCACGCACAGGCGCGGCAUGUACAUCACCACCCCGCCCUCGAGAAUCCUAUGAUCAUGUUUUUCGGAGGCGUCUGUGUAUACUAGGAGAGAUCUGGGGCCAUAUCACGACUGGAUGAUUAGAGAACCCUGCAAAAAAAGUAUUGCAUCUU